AGGCCGUCCUCCCGCCUCUUCGGAAUCCGUCAUGGCGAGCGGAGGCGGCGGCGGCGGCGGUGGCGGCGGAGCUGCGACGGCGGCGGCGAACCUGAACGCGGUGAGGGAGACCAUGGACGUUCUACUUGAGAUUUCAAGGAUUUUGAAUACUGGUUUAGAUAUGGAAACCCUGUCUAUUUGUGUACGGCUUUGUGAACAAGGAAUUAACCCGGAAGCUCUAUCAUCAGUCAUUAAGGAACUUCGCAAGGCUACUGAAGCACUGAAGGCUGCUGAAAACAUGACAAGCUAACUUCCUGGAGAAGUGCUGAUGAGGUGCCAAGCUUUGCAAGAAGCUGAAGAUUGCAUUGUUGUCAUGAAUGUGCAGUGAAAUGACUGCACACAACAGUACAGAAAAUGGUUCCUUCUUAGAAGAGCUACGAAACCAUAGCUUCAGAAAUUGGUGGAGAGUGGUUUACAGAGGGAACUAGCAGAUGAGAUGUAUUUACAUCUGACUGUUUUAAUGGUCUCAGCGCUCUGGCACUGCUAGCUUCUUAUUUAUAAAUGUGUUCCUUAUUUAUAGUGCCUAUAGCUUUACUUUUCUAAGCAUGCUGGCUGUCUGCUGUGCCUGGUUGAAGUUAGUGGAACCCAUCAGCAGUGAUGUCUAGUUGUUAUGAUUAGUUGGCAUUUCUAUUAGAAACUUUAAUUUUGAGUUGUUUAUGCAUAAUAACUGCAUUUAUGUUGCAUUGGUCUGAGAGCUGACAGCAUUUCAGCCACCAUUUGCAAAUUUUCGAUUUAGAGUCCUCGUCUUUCACAGUCUUGGUUUUUAAAAUAGGAACAUUAGAAAACAUUUCUUCUAAUCUGUUCAGUUUUUUAAAUUUUUGAGCCAGAUCAUUUGUUUAUUGACUCAAAAAUGACUUUCUAGAAGCUUGGAUUGUAGGGCUGGGGAGAUGGUUCACUGGAUAAAGCACUUGCUUCACAAGUGUGAGAAUUUUUGGAAUCCAUAGAUCACGUGUAAAGCUGUUUACAUCCAAUCAAAAUAUUAGUUGAGACCAUUUUUAUAAGAGUAUAUAAAGUGCCAGGCGUGGUGGCGCACACCUUUAAUCCCAGCACUCGGGAGGCAGAGGUAGGAGGAUCACUGUGAGUUCGAGGCCACCCUGAGAAUACAUAGUGAAUUCCAGGUCAGCCUGAGCUAGAGUGAGACCCUACCUCAAAAAAACAAAAGGAAAAAAAAAAGAGUAUAUAAAGUGAAAAGGCCAACAUGCAAAAUUCUUUUUUACUUUUAUGUAAUAAAAGUAAACCUAGUAGAUCUUGAAUGAUCACUUAAUCACUGCAUUGUUAAUGUGUUUCAACAGAUACAUAAUGUUUUCUGAAGAAGUAAGGAUUUCCACUCAUUAAACAAAAACUAGUGAGAUGUAUAUCAAGAAGUUUAAGUAUGGUUUUUCAAAACUAAUUUUGCAUGUCAUUCUUUUUAACCCUUAAAAGUUUAAGUCAUCAAAGUGAUGGCUUGAAAAUAAAUUCUAGAAAAUUUAUGAGGAUUGGUUCUGCUCUAUUACAGAAUCUCAGUGGAGUCUUAUUUCCUUUUUGUAAUGCUAAUAUGGAUUUAAUCUGAUUUUAUUGGUUUUUAAACUUUUAACUUGUGUUGACAUCACUUUAAAAUGACAGUAUAAGAAACAUGUACUCCUCUGUAGUAUUUUCUAUUAGACAAGCUAAAGUGGUUUUAAUAACAUUUAGUAGUAGUAAGUAGCCAUCUUCUCUCCUUUUCAGCAGAUCUCAGCUCUUGAUCAGGCACAGUGGUGUAUGCCUGUAAUCUGAGUUACUUAGAAGGUUAAGGCAAAAGAAUCACAAGUCUGAGGACAGUUUGGAGUACAGAAAUAAUACAGGGAGGCCCUGCUUCAAAAGACCAAACAAAAAAACCAUGGCUUUUGGCCAUUUUGAUUUUUUAAAUGCCUGUCAUAUUUACCAAUUCAUCUGAAAUGUCUGUUAUUGGCAGAACAAGUUAGGAAACAGGGAUGUAAGGGAUCGGAAGUAAUUACUGCACAUAAGGUGUGGUGAAGACUAGAGUCCUUGCUUCAGACCUCCCUUUACUCUGAUGUAAGGGAUCGGAAGUAAUUACUGCACAUAAGGCGUGGUGAAGACUAGAGAGUCCUUGUCUCAGACUUACCUUUACUCUGAUGUAAGGGAUCGGUAGUAAUUACUGCAGGUAAGGCAUGGUGAAGACUAGAGAGUCCUUGUCUCAGACCUACCUUUAUUCUGAUGUAAGGGAUUGGUAGUAAUUACUGCAGGUAAGGCAUGGUGAAGACUAGAGAGUCCUUGUCUCAGACCUACCUUUACUCUGAUGUAAGGGGUCGGUAGUAAUUACUAUAGGUAAGGCAUGGUGAAGACUAGAGAGUCCUUGUCUCAGACCUACCUUUACUCUGAUGUAAGGGAUUGGUAGUAAUUACUGCACGUAAGGCAUGGUGAAGACUAGAGUCCUUGUCUCAGACCUUCCUUUACUCAGAUUUGCUUGUAUUUCUAGGCCAUGAAGAUUUGUAGUUCUAUUUAUGGUUUUGUAGAUUAAGUUAUUGAUGUAUGAAACAAAGUGGAAAAAAUAUAUUAACAAUGGGUUAUGUUUACAGAGGACUUCUUUAAUGUGCCACAUUUCUUAAUUAUAAACAUAUUUUAAUGCAUUUUAAGAAAGCAGUGAUACAGUGGCAUGCAUGUUGUCAUUGACAAAAAUAAAACCAGUUGGUGUUACUGGCAUGCAUGCAUGUUUGAUUUAUUAAAUGCUUCUGUGAAUUCAGUGGUGUUUCUAUGGGUAGUUUAUUAAGGUAUUUAUUAUGUUUAUGGCUUUAAAAAUAGGUUAUGCAACUUACAACUUAGGCAUUAAGCUUGAAGUAUAGACAUGCAAUUAUUCUCCCUGGUAGUGAGAGGAGAUAGCUGUAAAAUGUUGCCCAAGGCUUUAACUCAAAGUUGGCAAUUCAAGAGUUAAUAGUAUAUUUUUCUGUACUUCAGAGAAGAGCUUCUUAGUGGGUCAUUAUGAAACUUAUUUACAUGUUGUUCCAACUAUAUGAUAAAGUUUUCUAAUGACUGGAUCAAAUACCAAUCUUCAAACAUUUAAUUAAGAUUAAAAACUCAGUUUCUCAGUCUCACUGACCACUUUUUAUUGUGGUGAAAUAUAAAGUUUGUCGUCAUAAUUAAGUUGGGCAGUUUAAUGGCAUGAAGAUUUUUGUAACCCUCAACAUCCCAUCUUUAGAACUUUCAUCAACCCAAACUGCAACAACAUAUUUAGAAAUAAAAACUCCUCAUCCCUUGA